AUGGCUGAAACAGGCAAAGCCGGUGCAGCCGGCGCCGGUCGUGGGCAUGGCAAGAUGGAGUUCGAUGGCCGCACUCCUGGCCCCUACGCUUUCUCGGAUGCACCCUGCGGAACGUGUGCCCACUUAGCAUAUCAUCUUACCGUUCUUCUCGCCGAGAACGAGAGGCUGAAGACCCUGCUGGGCCUUUCCCGUAACCCGUUUCUCAACCCGUUUCUCAAUGCCGUCUACCCCAAUUUGAACGUCAGGGCUGCCGCAGAUACCCUCAGCGAGGUCAGCGCAAACACUGUCGCCGGUGCCAACGCCGCGUGGGCUGCUGCUGCUCGCAGAAGUAAUGCAGAUAACAACGCCAUGGAGUAUGACGCUGGAGGUUACGCUCGUAGUUCUGAUACCGUCUAG